GCCUCUCCUCCCCCUGCCGCCGCCCGGCGCGGCGCGGCGCUGGCGCUGGCGGCGCGGGCCGGGGGACGCCGCCGCCACCGCCGCCGCCGCGCCGGGCAGUGCCAUGAGCCGCGGAGAGACUCUGACACAUCUCUGGGACCUGCAAUGACAAGUCAGAACAGUAGCCAUGCAGAGAAAACUGGUGAAAUGUCCUCAAAGCAGUCAGCACCAAAAGUACAGGUCCAACGAUCUGUCUCCCGAGAAACCAUUACUAUUCAUUUCUCUGCAUUUGGGAAGGAGGAAGAAGAGGAGGAAGAGGGGUUUAAGGAGAUUCUUGAUGAGGAACUAGAUGACCAAAGCAUUGUAACAGCACUUGAAGCCAAGGAAGACCUCUGCUUUGAGCAUAGUGGCCAUGAUAUUUCUGGUCCAGCUACCUCGCUUAACGUGGCCAACUCCGCAUCACUACUGUCCUCAUCACCUGUAGUUCUGCCAACUGCAGAUGCUGUAAAGCCGUUGGAUUCUCCUUCCAUAUCCCAAGUAUUCGGUGCAGUGCCACUAGUCCUGUCUCCCUCGUCACAUUCAUGUCAUAUAGUUAGCUUAUCGGGUGCAUCAGCACCUGCGGAACAGAAAGCCAACCUGUCGUCUUCCCCGUCCUCGUCCCCUUCCAGGUCGGUUGUCUGCUCUAGUGCAUCAUCCACAGGUUCUGGUUCAAAGCCUUUAAAGAGUUUAGUCAAGUCCCUGUCAACAGAUGUGGAACCAAAAGAACCCACCCCACCGAUGAGACACAGACACUUAAUGAAAACCUUAGUGAAAUCUCUGUCUACAGACACUUCUAAACAGGAAUCUGAAGCUGUGUCUUACAGACCCCCAGACUCAAAACUGAACUUGCAUCUCUUCAAACAGUUCACUCAACCUCGAGCUACAGGUGGUGAUUCUAAAACUGCCCCUUCAUCCCCAUUAACAUCUCCUUCUGACACUCGUUCCUUUUUUAAAGUACCUGAAAUGGAGGCUAAAAUUGAAGAUACUAAAAGACGCCUUUCUGAAGUAAUCUAUGAGCCUUUUCAGCUGCUCAGUAAAAUAAUGGGUGAUGAAAGUAGUAGCCACAGGCCCAAAGCCUUAUCUUCAAGUGCUUCAGAACUCUCAAACCUUUCCAGUUUGAAUGGCCAUUUGGAAAGCAAUAACAACUACAGCAUUAAGGAAGAAGAAUGUGAUUCGGAGGGGGACUAUUAUGGAAGUGACUCUAACCUGAAUAAGAAUGAUCAGUCAAAAACAGUUGAGGAACAUGCAAAAGAGACGGAGACCAAAAGCUCUCAGUCUGCAAGCACAAAGGACGUGAAUAUGAAAACUUCACUAGUACUUGAAAAAUGUUCGUUGUCUGCACUAGCAAGCAAAGAGGACGAGGAGUUUUGUGAACUUUAUUCUGAAGACUUCUGCUUGUUAGAGGAUGAAAGCAAACCUGAUAAACCUACUGAAACUUUGCUUCAUCCAGAGAUGACUGAGGAAAAUGGUACUAUGCUCAGCAGUGAAGAUGAAAAUAAUCUAUAUGUGCAACAGCCUAAAAUACCAGUGAAAACUUUGUACUUCUUAACACUGUUAGUCUAUGCUUACUUUAUUAUCCCUCUCCCUGGCUACUUAAGUGGACUCCUAUUUGGAAUUGCCCUUGGAUUUAUGAUGGCUUUCUGUGUGAUUUGGCUUCUUACUCCAAGUACUCCUGAAUAUCUCAGAUUGCGUAAAAGUUUGAGAAAGCAAUGGAAUGCAGGAGCUCUAGACAUCAAAGAACCUGAAAUACUGAAGGGAUGGAUGAAUGAAAUUUAUAAUUACGAUCCAGAAACGUACCACGCUACUUUGACUCACUCUGUCUAUGUGCGUCUCGAAGGAAGCACCUUAAGACUUUCAAAACCCAAUAAAAAUAUUUCUAGAAGGGCUAUUUACAAUGAGCCAAAGCCUGAAGUCACAUAUGUCAGCCAGAAAAUUUAUGAACUUACAGAGAGCAAGAUUUCCUUGGUUCCCAAGAGUCUGGCACGAAAACGAAUUUGGAAUAAGAAGUACCCUAUUUGCAUUGAACUUGCUAGACAGGAUGACUUCAUGGCUAAGGCCCAGACCGACAAAGAGAAUGCAGAAGAAAAGUUAUCUGCAGAAAAAGUGGACUUGAACAAUGAAGAACCCAAGAAACUGCAGGAUGGGGCAAAGUCCACUAGCCACAAGGAUCAAGUACUUUACCUCUUUGGAAGGACAGGUAGGGAGAAGGAGGAAUGGUUCAGGAGGUUCCUUCUGGCAUCCAAGCUGAAGUCUGAAGCAAAGAAGCCAUCCAGUUUAUGUGGAAGCAAGCCAGGGAUCUUGCCAACACAUAGUAGAACCGAUAGUCAGUCUGGAGCUCUUACACACAGCCGGAGCAGCAGCAAGGGAAGUGCAGAAGAAAUCUCAUCCCAGCCUAAGCACAAGGAUCUGGCUGGCAAUGUGCGACAGAAAAUGCUUCUGGACUACAAUGUUUAUAUGGCCAAAUGCAUUCCACAUGAAAAGAAAAGCCCUUCAGGUAGUCCAGUCCUCAGUGCAGAGAGCAGCCCUACAGCUGUGAAAAAGUUACCAGAUGCCCAUGCAGCAGCUGAAGAAGAAGAACAGGAAGCCUGGGUGAAUGCGUUCCUUGGAAGAAUAUUUUGGGAUUUUUUAGGAGAAAAGUAUUGGUCUGAUCUAGUGUCCAAGAAGAUCCAAAUGAAACUCAGCAAAAUAAAGCUGCCAUACUUCAUGAAUGAACUAACUCUGACUGAACUUGAUAUGGGGAUAGCAGUGCCGAAGAUCCUUCAAGCCUUCAAACCUUCUGUUGAUCACAGAGGACUUUGGAUUGAUUUGGAAAUGUCCUACAAUGGGUCUUUCCUAAUGACCCUGGAGACCAAAAUGAACUUGACCAAACUGGGUAAAGAGCCUCUUGGUGAAGCACUGAAAGUUGGAGAGAUCGGCAAAGAAGGUUUCAGGCCAAGGGUGUAUUGUCUUGCAGACAGCGAUGAGGAAUCCUCCAGUGCUGGGUCUUCGGAAGAGGAUGAUGCUCCUGAGUUGGCAGGAGAGAAGCAGCUGACUCCAGGAGCAGAAGGGUAUGUUGGAGGACAUCGGACAAGUAAGAUCAUGAGAAUUGUGGAUAAAAUUACUAAGUCAAAAUACUUUCAGAAAGCAACAGAGACUGAGUUUAUUAAGAAGAAAAUUGAAGAGGUCUCCAAUACUCCAUUGCUGCUAACGGUCGAAGUACAGGAGUGCAGAGGAACACUAGCGAUUAACAUUCCACCUCCACCUACUGACAGAGUAUGGUAUGGCUUUCGAAGACCUCCCUACCUGGAGCUAAAAGCUCGGCCAAAGCUUGGCGAGAGAGAAGUGACUCUGGUUCAUGUAACUGACUGGAUAGAGAAGAAACUGGAACAAGAGUUUCAGAAAAUCUUUGUCAUGCCAAACAUGGAUGAUGUUUAUCUUCCUUUAAUGCACUCAGCCAUGGAUCCCCGCUCCUCUACCUGCCCUCCUAAAGAUCUGACCACAGAGGCCCCUGAUCAACCAUGACAUGUGAAGACUCUUGCAGUUUACAGUAUUAUAAAAUUUAUUCUCAUGGUUUUAUAAACUGUGCCGUAGUUCUCAUCCUUAACUUGUGCCACUUUUUUUUUUCUCCCCGCCCUCCCUCCCCCCGGACUGCCUAUAACCAUACCUUUGUGCUCACUUGCCUGGUUAUUGUUCCUGUGUACUUCAGCUAGAUGAAGUUUCAUUCCAUUUAGCAGUUGAUUUAUUUUGCUGCUGUCAGGAUUUUAACUUGGAGGCUAAAAUGACCUAUUCUCGGGGGGGGGGGGGGGGAACAGGAAGGGGGAGAGGGAAAAAUCUAACUGUAAUAGAUCAAGGAGCUUGAUGACACAACUUUUGUUCAGCUGAUGUUUUCAUGCUAUAUUAAUAUGCAUUAUAGCCUUGAAAGGUUGUUUGGCAGCAAAGGAACUGCAUGCCAAAUGGAAAAAAUCCUAAGUAAGGAAUGAAUUUAUAAAACUGGAAGAAUAUUUUUUUCUUUCUCAGGCAGUUGGAGGUGUAGAAUGAACUGUUUUAUGUUCUUUCACUUCUGCAGUCAAUAGCUUGUGUCAAGCGAUCGAAAUAUGAAAUGCUUUCAGGAGAAAAGAAUGUAAAUUGGAUGUAUAGGUAAUAUUGUGAUUCAAUGUGGUAUAUACAUAUUGCUUUUUUCAUAUGGAACUUGUGCUUUUUUGGGAAGCAAGUAGCCAUAAAACACACACACAACUAUCAGUAAAGGUGGGAACUGUCAGAUUCUUGUGACUGAGAUGAAAGCUGGUAAAGCCAUGAGACCAAACUAUAGCAAGCCGCCUUAUAGUGAGGUACAAUCACCAUGGUUCAUGAUUAAUUCUGAAUGUUUAAAGACAUGAGCACACACGUAUGUCUAAUACUGCACAUGACCGGAAGUACUUAGUUACCCUACUGUGUAUAGAGCCUCUUGCUACAGUGAAACACACCAAGAUUUUUUUUUUUAUAGGAGAGUUUGUUGCUGUGAGUCUCUUCCAUUGCACUGUGUUUACAUGCAAAGCAUGGGACCAAACUCUCAUCUGUUACAGCCAUACAACUGCACUGACUUCAAAUCACUUGAUGUUUGUGAAAACAGAGCUGUAACUGAAAGAUUUUGACCCCUAUGCAUUGGUUUCUUGGAGUUUGUGAAAUAGGAAUUCAAGCAUUUGCAGUUAUUCAAGCUGAUCAUAAGCUGGUUGUGAUAAUAAUUAAAGAUGGUUUCUGUUAAUUAAUGGCCAAAACUAAAGGGGGAGGAGGAAACUGCCUUUUAUUUCUAUCUGGUGUGAUGAUUCAAUGCUAAAUGUAUACAUUAAAUUGAAUAUUUGAACACUACAUAUCCACUAUUUAACAUGUGUAACAUUCUUCUGAUACUCAGUGUUGCCAACUGCUCAUGGAUGUCAGAAAACAUUUUAGUUUACAGAGAAGGUGAGUUUUGGCUCUCCUUUUAUAACAUAAUUUGUUUUCUUUUUAAAAGUAAUUUUUUAAGAACUCUUUUGUAUGUUGUGUUGUCACAUUUGAUGUAAAUCAAAAUUUCCAUGUGUAACUUGAUGAUUUACCAUCUCUAAAUGAAGCUAUUGAAGGUUUUUUAAACAGCACCUUGCCUGAAACAUAAAAGAAAACUAGCAUUUAAUAUAUUUAAAAUUAAUUCUAUAUUUGAACACCUAUUUUGGUUACCUUUAAUUGAAAUAUUAGUAGGUUAUAUUUGUUACCUGAACUCCUCCUUGACCAUUCCAGGCUGUGUAUAUUCUGGAUUUUGCUCUGAUUAUGUAGGCGUUAUUUGCCUUUCAUGAAGUCUGCAUGUCUUGUACGCAGGUCUUUUAUAUGAUUUAAUUUCUAUGUGCAAUAACUAAAGUCAAAGGACUACAUGCACUAAUGUGUAAACAGAUUUAGACUUAUUACACAAGAUUGUCAUAUUGCACUUCAUAAACUGUGGGUAACUACAAUCUGCUUGCUUUGUUUUAUUAAAUAAAUUUAUCCCGUGAAAAAUUA